AUGGGUUGUCGAGAUAUUCUCUUGAGUUUCUCCAUCGCUCUCCUACUCAUUUCUCUGUUCCAGAUCUGGCUUUUCCGGGAAGGACCAUCAGCAGACAACCAGCUCAAAAAAGACGGAAACACCCUCGCCUCCGGGAACAAGAAGUACGACGAUGUUCAACGCCUCUACCAAAGGUAUUUCAAGGGUUUAGACAAGAACGACACUCGGUUUGAAGAUUCCAAAAGAAGGAUCCCCAGUGCCCCAGAUCCCCUCCAUAACUAG